AAUGUAGCGCUUCACGAAAUGUAUUGUGAAAUAUGUUAUUCCUUUCUUUAGACUUUGCAUUUCGCUUUCCCUCUCUUUUUAUCUCAAGCAUUUAAUUAUGUAUCUGUCUCAUUUUGGAUACACAAAGUGUUCAGCUCGGAUAUAUAUUGUGCAGUUGUAAACAGCUGAUCUCAGAUUAGGAGUCAGUGUCAAAAGUAGUGCAAGAAAUAAUGACAAGUACAAAUUCUGUGAUACAUAUUUACUUAUUUUUAAUCUCUUUAUUAUCGUACAAUGAAGCACAAUCAUAUCACGCCGUAGUCAUCAUUCAUGGAGUCCUUACGGGAAGUGAUACCAUGGAUCUAAUCAGUAAUAGAAUUCAAGAGAUGCACCCUGGGACUCCAGUUUAUAAUACUCCCAGGUUUGCAGGCUGGAGCAGCCUGGAACCAAUGUGGCAACAGGUAGACGAGAUUGGUAUGGAUGUGCUUUCUAUCGGUGCUGCAUUUCCUGAAGGAAUCAAUUUAAUAGGUUACAGUCAGGGUGGUUUACUAGCUAGAGCAAUAUUACAAAGAUUUCCCAUGCAUAAUGUGAGAAAUUUUAUUUCUCUAAGUUCGCCACAGGCAGGGCAAUAUGGAACACGUUUCCUGCGUUUGAUUUUUCCAGAUCUAGUUUGUGAAACUGCUUAUGAACUUUUUUAUUCACGAAUUGGGCAACAUACUAGUGUUGGAAAUUACUGGAAUGAUCCUCACCAUCAAAAACUAUAUCUUAAAUAUAGCAGGUUCUUGCCAUAUGUGAAUGACGAAAUAAAUACUUACAAUAAUUCUGAUUACAAAACAGGUCUAAUUAAAUUAAAACGUAUGAUACUUAUUGGAGGACCAGAUGAUGGAGUUAUCACUCCUUGGCAAAGUAGCCAUUUUGGAUACUAUGAUAAUAACAGCACUGUGAUAGAAAUGCGUGAGAGAUCUAUUUAUAAAAAUGAUACAAUUGGUUUGAAAACAUUAGAUAAACAGAAAAAAUUAGAACUCAUUACUGUGCCAGGAAUUCCCCAUGCUGAAUGGCAUAAAAAUAUCUCAAUAGUAGAUCAUUAUUUAUUACCAUAUUUAGAUUAAAUUUAAUUCAAUGUAGAUGAAAUAGAAUUGAAAUUUGCCAAAUAUAUUAUAAUAGAAAAUCCAAA